AUGGCCGCUCCCGCCUCCAAGACCAUUGGUGACCUCAAUGGAAAGUGGGUUAUGAACAAAACCCUUUCCACCCCCAUCGAGCCCGGCCUCGCCCUCCAAGGCGUCGGCUGGAUGACCCGCAAGAUGGUCGGCCUCGCAACCGUGACCCUCGAAAUCAAGCAGUUCUCCGCCCCCGCCUCCCCCCCGGCCGAGCCCUCGGCCACCCAGUUCACCCACGUCGAGAUCGAGCAGACCGGCACCGGCGGCAUGAAGGGCUCGACCGAGAAGCGCUGCCUCGACUACACCUUCCGCGACCACUCCGACUGGCUCUUCGGCCACGUCAAGGGCCAGUCCAAGUGGAUCUCCACCGCCGAGAUCACCGACGACUUCCUCAAGUCUGGCUGGAUCGAGACCGACGCCGAAAAGGGCGGUCCCAACGGCGAGACUCACCUCCUCAGCUAUGUCGAGAGCUACGAUGCCGGGUGGACCGCCACUCAGAUCUGGGGUUUCAAGGAGUGCAGCGAUGGCAAGAGGAGGUAUGCGAGAAAUGUGGUGAUUGCCAAGGGGAGCGAGAGGGUUGAGUUGCAGCUUUACUAUGACUACCUUGAGUAA